AUGUGUUUGCUACACUUGCUGGAGAGAUUUGCCUUAUCUAUCUGCGACUUUGACUUAGCACUGCAUUUAGAGAUGGAUGCAUGCAAUAAGGAGAAGGUUGACAGUGUUCUGGACAGCUCGGAGGAAUGUGUUAACAGCGAUGAAGAACAAGACGAGACAGAGGAAUGGGAAUCUUCAUCUGAUAAAGAAAGUGUCGCUUCUUGCGUGGACUCUGCUGUAGAGGAGAUCUCCCUCGAUUGUUUAGAGACCGUUCUGGACGAGUUUUCCGAUUAUGAUGCCCCUGAUGCUGACUGGAAUCCAGAGGUCACUCCACGAAAGAAGAAGAGAUCCAGUCUGUUUUGCAUCUCACCAUCUCCAGCAAAGUCUUGCAAAUCUGAUUCCCCUGCUUCUGUACAAAGUAAGAAAGGUAAAGAUAGGAAAAACAGUGUGAGUCGAUCCCUACCUUUUUCCUUAAGCAUCUUAGAAGACAAGUGGAAAAGUGCGGAUGAGCCUGAUAUUGAGCCGACUCAGCCACUUUUCAGACCUAGACUAACACCCGGCCCACAGCUGGUCUCCAAUGCAUCAUGUAGUCCUCUACAGUAUUUUGAGUUAUUCUUUUCCAAAUCUGUCAUGCGGACAAUUCUAGCCAACUCAAAUGCAUACGGGGCCAUGCGUCAUGAAGGAACGAAGAAGCCAUGGCAGGACAUUUCAGUAAAAGAUUUUAAGUCCUUCCUAGCACUGGUGAUUUACAUGGGUUUGCUCAAAUGCUUUCAACUGACGGACUAUUGGAGGAAGUCUCACAUGUACAGUCUGCCGUACCCUGCGCAAAUCAUGUCAAGUAGGAAAUUUAUGUCCAUCUCUAAAGCUCUCCAUCUUAGUGAUCCCAAACUGGAUGCAGAGAAUGACGCAAAGAAGGGAACGCCUGACUAUGACCGCCUGUUUAGGAUCAAACCGCUGUACCAGGACAUUAGGGACGCAUGCAGAUCCACUUUUCAUCCCUUUCAGAACAUCUCCAUUGAUGAAAGAAUGGUGGCCUCAAAGGCUAAAAAUGGACUCAAACAGUAUAUGAAAAACAAACCUACAAAAUGGGGGUACAAACUCUUCGUACUGGCAGAUUCCCUCUGUGGCUACACAUGGGACUUCUUCAUUUAUGAGGGAAAAAUGAACGCAGAGCUUAGCAAAGGCAUUAGUUAUGAUUCGGUCAUUAGCUUGGCAGACACAAGGUUGCUGGGUUCUGGCUACAAGCUGUUUGUUGACAACUUUUACACCAGUCCCAAGCUCUUCAGAGACUUGCUCGCUAAGAAGAUCUGGGCUUGUGGCACUGUUCGAGCGAACCGCAUUGGCCACUCAAAGAAACUGGCUCCUCGUGGCAAUAUCCGCUGGUUUCGGGAAGACAACCUGCUGUUUGUUGAGUGGAAGGACAAGAGGGAUGUGCUGAUGUGCUCCACCUUUCACAAAGCCUUUAAUGGAGACACCAUAAAGAGGAAUGUGAAAGGAGCCGAUGGAGUUUGGGCCAUUCAAGAUUUCCCCGUUCCAGCCGCAGUGUUGGACUACAACAAGCACAUGGGAGGAGUGGAUCUGUCCGACGCACUUAUUUCAUUUUACACCGUUCUUCAUAAAACAAGAAGAUGGUAUCGAUCCUUUUUCUACCACUUUGUGGACAUCGCUGUCGUAAACGCCUUCAUUUUGCACCAGCAGAUGGCCAAGAUGAAUAACCAGAAGCCUUUGACCCAGAAGGCCUUCCGGGAGGCUCUUGUUGCAGAGCUCGCAGGAACGGGCCCUCCAUCUGCUCCUGCACAAAUACGCCCGAUUCCUUCGAAUGACCCCCAUCUGCCCAAGUACAUCAGCGGGGACAGCAGUAUUGGAAGGCGAAAAUGCAAAAUAUGUACCUUUAAAACUCCAGUCAUGUGUGUGACUUGUGACGUGCCAUUGUGCUUCGUUCCCAAGCGCGAAUGUUUCACUAUCUGGCAUGAACAAGGUAGUUGUAGCGAGACCGAUGAAGAGUAAAGUUCUGGGAUUUUGAGUGUAGAUUGGACUAGGGUCGGGAUGUUAAGUUCAAUUCACUUUCCAAAACUAAUAGAUGAGAACAAAUUCAAACACAAGACUAAACAAUACUCAGAAGUGUAGCAUGAAAGUAACAUAAUAGUUUGAGUCAAGUGGGAUGAGAGAGAAAAAUUUGAGGAUAGUCCUUCUAGUCGAUCUUUCCACUGUAUUACUUGCAUCCGCAAACGUACCGCGCAACUGAUAAAAUGGGAACUGUUACUAAAUUUUCUGGACUUAGACUUGAACCAGUGUAGUGACUCGGUUUACACCAGGAGUUAGGAUGAGUUUUGGUUGAACGAAUUACAAGAAGACAAUGGAGACGUUUUACACCUGGGGCUCUACCUUGCAUUCGGCGCAAAUGACUUUAUGCACCAACGCAUGUAACAUUCCCUUUUUGCACCCGCGCAAAAUGGGUUUUUCCCUCCACAGAUGCACAUCGGUAAACUAGGGAAUUAACUUGCGCCCCUUGGGCGGAUCGGCGCAAAAAGAAGGCGUGUUUCCCUAGUGCUAUUUUGCGGUUUCAGAAAAUAUCUCUUCUCUCCAUAUUUACAUCAGUGGUAGCAGUUCAAACUAAAAAUCACGUAAUUUACGUCUCGGCGAUGAAUGGAUGAUGUACCAAGGGAAGCUAGCCUUCUCUGCCAUGUGGCUUUUCUCAACACCCCUAAUCGCUGAAAGUGAAAUACUCGAUGGUGAUUGGCCAAGUCUCCGGCGAUGGAUUUGCCUUUCUAUCCCAGGCUCAUGUUGUACAUAUUCGGCACAUUCGGGGAAGAGGCGUGCGUUGGUUAAACUUAAAGUGGUGAAAUUACAAACACAAUGUACACAUUCUGAGACAUAAAAUGAAUAACUAGGAAUUUUAUUAAUAUUAAAUCAUCCUUCUCCUGACAAGCUGCCACUGCUUAAUACCAGGUGUAAACAGGACCUAACUGUUACUUUACAUGGUAAUUUGCUAAAAACAUGCAAAUAUUUGGUACUAAACAAACAACAAUACUACUUUUUGGUAAGUAGUAGGGAUCAAUAUUUCUUCAAGUAUUAGAAGAAUCGCUAACAAACCACACCGUUUAAUGAAUGAUUAAAUUCUUGACGAUUUUAUUUGCUAUUCUAAUUUUCUUAAUGUUUUAAAAUAGAAGCAACAUUUAACAUUUAAAAAAUCAUGCCAUUUCUCAGUAACAGCGCUUUUUAACUUAUAACAUUUCUGCUUUAUUCACACAACAUUACAACUUUAAUCUUUUAAUUGUACUAGAUUCUUAUGCCAUUAAUAGAUUUUUCUCAAUCUUAGCUGUUGUAAAUAGAGCUGACUAAUCCUUAAAUUUCAUCGCUGUUUAUUUGAUAGUAAAUUAAAGGUUAAGGCUGAUUUAUACUUCUGCGUCGGACCUACGCCGGAGCCUCUACGCUAAAGACUACGCGGUUGUUUUAAUUCAUACUUCUGCGUCGUUGUUUGCAUUGACGCGCAAUUUCACAUGCAGAGGGAGCAUGUGAAAGCCGAGGAGCGGUUCUAGCAGACCAAUCACAGCGCUUGUGGUACGCGUUGAAUUGACGUGUUGUUAAGGCCAAUUUAUACUUCUGCGUAGGGUGCGCGCAGUAGGUACGGUGUAGCAUACGCACAGACGCGUCCCAU